AUGAGUGUCGCCAUGAGAAGGCUUGUAACAGCCACAAGGACAUUGAGCCUUACGACACCACUCCGUCUGGCAAAUGCCCUGUCACAACAAAUCCAACUUCGUGAUUAUCAAGAAGAAUGCAUCCAGUCCGUCCUGGCAGCAAUCAACCAGGGUCACAAACGGCUGGGAGUCUCAUUAGCUACCGGUGCUGGUAAAACCGUCAUUUUCACCCACCUCAUUGACCGCAUCGAGCCUCGUUCUGACAAUGCUACCCAAACCCUCAUCAUCGCCCACCGUCGGGAACUAGUCGAGCAAGCCGCCCGUCACUGCGCCAACACCUACCCGCACAAGACGGUCGAAGUCGAGAUGGGCAACGUCAAGGCCUCCGGCAUCGCCGACAUUACCGUCGCCAGUCUGCAGUCCAUCAUCUCCGGCGAUCGCCUGCUCAAGUUCGACCCAUCGCGCUUCAAGCUCGUUCUCGUUGACGAAGCCCACCACAUUGUCGCCCCCGGCUACCUGCGCACCCUCGAGCACUUUGGUCUCCGACAAAAACAGGUCGACUCGCCCCAUCUGGUUGGCGUCUCGGCCACUUUCUCGAGAGCAGACGGUCUCAGGUUGGGAGCAGCUAUCGAUGAAAUUGUUUACCACAAGGACUACGUCGACAUGAUCGGCGACAAAUGGUUGUCCGACGUCAUUUUCACCACUGUCGACUCAUCGGUAGACCUGAGCAAUGUCAAGAAGGGUGCUGGAGGAGACUUUGACAUAGCACAGCUUUCCCGCGCCGUCAAUCUCGAAGAAACGAAUGACAUCGCCGUGCGUACAUGGUACGCCAAAGCAGGUACCCGCAAGUCCACACUGGUGUUUUGCGUCGACCUCGCCCACGUAGCGGACAUGACGGCCACGUUCCGUCGAUAUGGCUACGACGCGCGGUUCGUGACGGGUGACACGCCCGCCAAGGAGCGGGCCGACAUUUUGGACGCGUUUAAAAGGUUCGAAUUCCCUGUGCUGGUGAACUGCGGGGUAUUCACGGAGGGGACGGAUAUCCCAAAUAUCGACUGUAUCUUAAUGGCGAGGCCGACAAAGUCAAGGAACCUGCUGAUUCAGAUGAUUGGACGCGGCAUGAGGUUGUACCCUGGCAAGGAGAAUUGUCAUAUUAUUGAUAUGGUAUCAAGCUUGGCGACGGGAAUCGUCACGACACCAACGCUGUUUGGGCUCGAUCCGGAUCUGUUGGUGGAGGAAGCGUCGGUGGAGGAUCUGAAGGAACAAGGAGAGCGAAGGGCAAAGGAGGAGGCAAGGAAGGAGAUUGUCUAUCACUCGACUGAGCGCACAAAUCCGGCGCCGCAGGGUGAAUGGGCUGUGACCUUCACCGAGUACGAGUCGGUCUUUGACUUGAUUGCCGACUCGUCGGGCGAGAGACACAUCCGCUCGAUCAGCCAGUACUCCUGGGUGAUGAUCGGGCAGGACAAGUAUGUUAUCAGUGGCCCUGACGGCUCCUACGUCAAGCUGGAGAAGGUUGCGCCCGAGGAAGAAGAGCAAGGGGCACCACCAUGGGUUGCCUACGAAGUGCGCACGCUGCCUGUGUCUACGCCAUCCAAAUCUCCCUACGCGUCGCCACGCGAGAUCCUAAAGGCCGAAACAUUUGCCGACGCCGUUCAUGGUGCCGACAGCUUUCUUGCGUCAUCAGCUGGUCAAGGCAAGUACCCUCGCAACUUUAUCCACAGAGGUAUGAAGUGGCGCGAUGAUCCGGCAACCGACGGCCAGAUUAAGUUUAUCAACAGGACGAUUCGUCGCGGGCAGGAGCCGGUCGAGCCCACGGAUAUCACGAGAGGUGCGGCGUCGGAUAUGAUCACCAAGUUUAAGCAUGGGGCGCGUGGCAGGUUUGCCGACUUGUCAGCGGUCAAGAAGCGGAAAAAGAAGCAGAUCCUGUUGCUUGAGAAGGACAAACGACUGCGCGAGACGGUGUCAGUUGGGUCUGUUGCGGCUAUGGCACUCUAGGAAUUCUCUUCAUUUUGUUCUAUCAAAGCAUGCCUCUAUCAAUCAUCUCGAGUUCUUUUCAUCUGGCGCUUUGCUCUCGGUCUUUGCUGUCGUCAUUGUAACCGUUGCCAAUACUAUCGUCGUCAAUAGACCAAAUUCACGAUUCC